AAAAUCAGAUCACACUAGGGCGCGCGCGCGCGAGAGGGAGGAGAAAAUGGAGCCGCUCUGGAAGCUCCAAUACCUGCUGGAGCCGUCCUCUCUGGCGCUGAUCUCGACGGCCGCAGCGGUAGUCUUCGCCUCGGCGCACAGAGCCCUCGGCCAUGAGAUCGCGCUCGGCGGUGGCAGCAGCAGCAAGGAGAUGAUCAUCGGCGCGUCGUCGGUAACCCUAGAUAGCUCCCAGGCGCUCAUGAUCCCCCUCGCCAGCUCCUGCAGCCUCCUCCUCAUGUUCUACCUCUUCUCCUCCGUCUCGCAGAUCAUUACCCUCCUCACCACCGCCAUGGCCGCGGCAUCGCUCGCGUUUUGCAUCGCGCCCUACGCCGCCCGGCUGGGCUCUCCCAGAAUCCAAGCCCCGCUCGUGGCGGCCGCGACCGCGACCGCGAUCGCGCUGUGGCUGGUCUCGGGGCAUUGGCUGCUCAACAAUCUCCUGGGGAUUUCCAUCUGCGUGGCGUUCGUGUGCCACAUCCGCCUCCCAAACGUGAGAGUUUGCGCGCUCCUCCUGGCGUGCCUGUUCGUGUAUGACGUGUUUUGGGUGUUUUGGUCUGAGAGGUUCUUUGGCGCCAAUGUGAUGGUGUCCGUGGCGACGCAGCAGGCUUCCAAUCCAGUGCGCACCGUCGCGGACAAGCUCAAUCUGCCGGGCCUGGGAUCCAUCACCAAGCAGCUCGAUAUGCCCGUCAAGCUUGUGUUUCCUAGGCAUUUGAUCGGUGGCGCCGCCGGGAACGCUGUCGGCGAUUAUCUCAUGCUCGGCCUUGGAGAUAUGGCAAUUCCAGGCAUGUUGGUGGCACUGGUGGUGUGCUUUGAUCACCGCAAGAGCACCAAAGCCCGGGGCUCGGAGUUACCGUCGCCCAAAAACCAGCACAAGUACACAUGGUACGCUCAGUGCGGUUAUACCAUCGGUUUGAUCUGUGCCUUAGCAGCAGGUUUGCUAACUCACUCGGCACAACCAGCGCUUCUCUACCUGGUACCGUCGACUUUAGGACCCGUGAUGCUCUGCGCCUGGAUGAGAGGCGACUUUAACGAGCUCUGGAAUGGAUCCAGCAGGCUGAGCGACAAAUCACAGCUGGACGUGGUCUGAUCGAUCUGGAAACGAGGAGCGACAAUUCUUUCCCAGGAUUAUAACAAGAGGAAGUUUCAAUGAUCUCGUCGGAUAAGCUUAGACUACCAACUUGCAAGCAACACUUAACAACACACAAAGCAAAACCAGGAUCAUCAUGACCGAAAACGUAUGAAUGACGAGACUUAAGAAACUGUGCUUUCAGUCAGGACUCAGCGAAACUCGUUGAGUUUGGCUUGGCGAUAAUGACGCGCUCGAGAUUCC